AUGAAUAAUAGUGACCGUGUGGGUGUACAUGAUCAAUUUGUUGAAUGUGUUGACGGGUUUAUCACACAUGCAAUGUCACUUCACCCUUUUCAAAAUGAAGGGGUAAUUAGGUGUCCUUGUUCUCGUUGUGGGUGUAAGAAGUAUUUGAAACUGGAAGUGGUUAGGGUUCAUUUGUAUAGUCAUGGGUUUAAGGAGAAAUAUUAUGUUUGGACUGAUCAUGGAGAGACUGAUGGGGUCAAUGGUAUAUUUCAUAAUAUGGUUGUUGGUGAAAGUAGUGUGUCGCAGGAAUAUAAUCAUGUCCAAUAUGAUAGAGUUAAUGAUGCUUUUGGCGUACAGUCUGGGUUUGAACCUGAGCAAAAUUUUGAGCAACCUCCUAAUGAAGAAGCAAUGCGCUUCUAUCAAGAAUUAGAAGAGGCUAGUCGUCCCCUUUGGGUAGGGAGUCAACAUUCUAAGUUAUCUGUUGCAGUUAGAAUGAUUAUUAUCAAAUCAGAUUGGAUUGUUGCUGAAGCUGCUAUGGACUCAAUGAUUAAGCUUGUAGGGGAACUAGUUAGUUCGGAAUUCGACAUACAUAAGAGUUACUAUCAAGCAAAGGGAUUGGUUUCCAAAUUAGGAUUGUCGUGUGAUAGAAUUUAUUGUUGUCCAAACGGUUGUAUGUUGUUCUAUAAGCAAGAUGCUGAUUUAAAUGAAUGUAAAUUAUAUGGACAUGCGCGUUAUAGGCGGACACCUAGUGGGAGGAUGGUUCCAAUUAAGGAGAUGCAUUAUUUACCUAUUAUACCUAGGUUAAAGAGGUUAUUUGCAUCGCCGAGUUCUGCUCCUCACAUAAGAUGGCACAACGAAAAUAGAAGGACACAUGGUGUUAUGGGUCAUCCAUCGGAUGGAGAAGCGUGGAAACAUUUUGAUAGAACUUAUCCUGAUUUUGCUAGUGAACCAAGAAACAUUCAUUUGGGUUUGUGUGCAGAUGGUUUCGCACCAUACUCUGUUUCGGCUGCAUCCUAUUCUUGUUCGCAUGUAUUUCUUACUCCAUAUAAUCUACCGCCUGAGAUGUGUAUAACAAGUCCCUACAUAUCCCUAAAUUGUGUUAUCCCUGGUCCCCGAAAUCCAAAAGUUUUGAUUGAUGUCUAUGUAUAA